UUAAUAUUCCAAAACCAAAGCCUACACCUUUUUUGUCUUUGAAAAAUCCAAACUUGACCUACUUUCAUGGUCUUUAACCCGAUCCCAGUUUCUCAUUUCAGUCAUAGUUUGGAAAGGAGAAGCCUUUAACUAGUUUAGGGUUAGGUUUCUUUUGUCUUUGGAUACCCAAAAGAAGAAGGGGAAGGAAUCACCACCACCCAAAUCAUCUGAUAUGCUUUUUGGGUUCACUAGUUGAUCAAAGUUUGAGUCUUUUUGUGUGUUUGGGGGUGUUGUUUUAGAUAUAUCAAAGAUGGGAUUUGAGGUUUCUGAUGAGCUAUUGGGAACUGUCGUCCCAGUUUUGGUAUAUUGGGUAUAUUCUGGGAUUUAUGUGUUGAUGGAUUCGUUUGACGAGUAUCGACUUCACACCAGGAAAGAUGAGGAUGAGAAGAAUUUGGUGACUAAGAGAACCGUGGUGAAAGGUGUUCUUCUUCAGCAAACCAUUCAGGCUGUUGUUGCUAUCAUUUUGUUCACGGUGACAGGAGAUGAUGGUGCAUCUGCAGAUGUGAAGCAUUCUUUCAUUGAUCUAGCAAGACAAUUUGUUACUGCAAUGUUAGUUUUGGAUACCUGGCAAUACUUUAUGCACAGAUACAUGCAUCACAACAAGUUCUUAUACAAGCAUAUCCAUUCUCAACAUCACAGGCUUGUUGUGCCCUAUGCAUUUGGAGCUCUUUACAAUCACCCUGUAGAGGGUCUUCUCCUUGAUACGAUUGGUGGGGCCUUAUCUUUUCUCCUCUCUGGUAUGUCUCCUCGAGCCUCCAUUUUCUUCUUCUCCUUUGCCACCAUCAAGACAGUAGACGAUCACUGUGGAUUAUGGCUUCCCGGGAACCUCUUUCAUGUACUAUUCAGAAACAAUACUGCUUACCAUGACGUUCACCAUCAGCUCUAUGGAAACAAGUAUAACUUCUCACAGCCGUUCUUUGUGAUGUGGGAUAGAAUACUUGGUACCUAUAUGCCGUACUCAUUGGAGAAGAGAACAGGUGGGGGUUUUGAAGUGCGACCUGUAAAAGAAGUGAAGGAGAUUUGAUUCUUACUGAGGAACACGAAUGCCCUCUACGGCUCUACCUGUAAAAGAAGUGGAGGAGAUCUGAUUUUUACGAGGAACACGAAUGCACUCGAAUCGAUUGUACCAGUAUUAUUCUUUUCCUCUCAGGGAACCACCGAACCACACUGCUUAUAUUUUGUAUAUACAUAUAUGAUGUUGUGCCUUAUUCUUUUGAGUUCCUUCUUGAAGAUUGAGUGUUAAAACUUACCAUGUUGAACGGAGAAUUCUUGUACCGAUAGUAGCUCUCGUGGUUUCAGUCGUGCCAGGCUAUGUUGUUAUGAAGUUCAUUUGUUUUUGGAUCUGAUAUGGAACAACUGCCAUUUUUACUUGUUUGUCCAAAUUCCUGUACAUAAUUCGUAUUCUAUUUGGUGAAGAUAAUGCAGCUUUUGUGGGUUUUUGUUCAA